AUGGCAGCCGAGUUUACAAGCGAAGAUUCAAGCAUCCCACAGAACAUGCUGCAGCUCUCGCAUUCGUUUGGCUAUGACUGCAAGCGACGAGGAAACCUCCACCUGCUGGACGAGGACACGCUGGCUUUCAUGGCUGGAAACGUGUUGGUCCUUCUGGACAUGAACACCAAAGAGCAGCGCUAUAUCCCCAGCUCUGGUGGAGGCGGCAUUGGUGCCAUGAUGCCUCAUCCCAGUAGGAGCUAUUUUGCCGUGGCAGAGAAAGGCGAGCAGCCUGACAUAAUCAUUUAUGAAUAUCCGUCACUGCAGCCCUACCGUACCCUCCGAGGAGGCACGUGUAAGGCAUACAGCUGUGUAAAUUUUAAUAAUGAUGGCACACUGCUGGCGAGCGUUGGAGGCGCUACUGAUUACAUGCUGACCUUAUGGGACUGGAACCAGGAACAGGUGGUGCUGCGCUAUAAGGCCUUCUCUCAGGACGUCUACUGCGUCACGUUUUCUCCGUACAACCCGUGUCAGCUCACUACCGCCGGCUCAGGACACAUCAAGUUCUGGAAAAUGGCCGACACCUUCACUGGUCUGAAGCUGCAAGGCAUGCUGGGAAGGUUUGGAAAGACCCCUCUGACAGAUAUAGAUGGCUAUGUUGAGCUCCCUGAUGGGAAGGUGAUCUCAGGUUCAGAGUGGGGAAACAUGCUACUAUGGGACGGCGAUCUGAUAAAGGUCGAGCUCAGACGUAAAGACGGACGCAACUGUCACGCAGGGCCGAUACAUCAGUUCGCUCUGGACGAGGGCGAGCUGAUAACUGUGGGCGCAGACGGAGCGGUCAGGACCUGGGACUUUGAAACCAUCGAUACAGCAGACUGUAUGGAUGACAGCGGCCUGUUUGAGAUCAAGCCCAUGAACGAGUUGAUCGUAGGCCGCAAUGUGAACCUUUCCUGCAUGGUCAGGAGCAGCAUCCCACAAUCCAGUAUCUGGUUUGCACAGGAUUCUAAUGGAGGAAUCUGGAAACUGGACUUGUCAUUCUCUAAUUUAACCGAUGAGCCUGAGUGUCUUUUCUCAUUCCACGCUGGUGCAAUUAAGGGAAUGGAUGUGUCUGGAUUCAGUCACCUGAUGGCCACCACUGCGUUAGACCGUUCAGUAAGGAUUUUUGACUUCCUUUCCAACAAGGAGCUUGCAGUCAGCCAUUACGUACAGGGCGGAAGCACUCUCACCUGGGCCCCUCGUACAGUGUGUGGUGGUGAGAGUCUCCUGGUGGUGGGCUUUGAGGAUGGCGUGGUGCGUCUGUUGGAGCUCUCGAAACCUCAGAGCCUGUAUGCCGUUUCAGAAAGCAAUCUCUCAGAGCUUCGUCUCAAACAGGCUUUCAAACCCCAUGAUGCAUCUGUGACAGCCAUCUCCUACAAGCACGAUGGGCAGAUCAUGGCUACUGGGAGUGUGGAUGGCACGGUGUUCUUCUUCUCAGUAGGGGACAGCUAUGAGCCAGUCAGCUUUGUGAAAGUGCCAGGACCGGUGCAGGGUCUGCAGUGGGCUCCUCAGUCACAUGAGAGAAACGCUCUUUUAGUUACAUGUCAGGUGAGUCAUGUGGUGGAGAUCGAGGCUCCUGAUACACUUGGUCCUGUUACAGGAAACACAUACUAUCUGCCGAACCUUCCUAUCAGGCACUUCUGCUUCCAGAGCAUCAAAUCACGCAUUAAGAGGGAUGAAGAGAUAGCCCGAAGACAGGCCAUGAAGGAAAAGAGACAGAAAGAGGCAAAGGAUCAGGAACAAACUCCAACAGAGGAAGAGGAAGAGGAGCUGCCACCAAUCUGCAUCCCCGAUACCCCCAGUCCCCUUCACUGCACCUUCUACUCCACUGAGCCUGGAGCAUUCUGGCUCUCUGUGGGAGGCUAUGACUCAGGGUAUCUGUAUCACUGUAAGUUUUCGGAGCAGCAGUCUGUGGACCUGUCAGAGAGGAAAGAUGAGCCGUUCGCUCAUGUCCCAAUCCAAGAUGCAGAUCGUAACCCCAUCCUCACUGUCUGCUUCUGUGAGGCGAGGCAGCUGCUGUUGUGUGGGAUGCAGGACGGCAGUAUCCGGGCGUAUCCUCUGGAGUCGGAGGACCUGCAGCCGGUGCACAUGCAGGCGUACUGCACGCUCAGUAUUCAUGACAGCCAGUAUGGAAGCCUGCAGCAGCUCCGUAUCAGCCACGAUGGCCGCUUCGUGCUGAGCACCGGUGCAGAUGGAAACAUCUUCUCAUUCAGGCUGCUGGAGAUGGAGGAGCUGGAGAAAGUACCACAGAGGGAACACGCUAAAGUGCCUUCACCGCGCCUCAUCCUAGACACGGAGCCUGUGCCUGUGGAUAUAAACGACCCUGCUGCUUACAGUAUAGAGACAGCUAAGCAGAAGCUGGAUUUGGACCACGUGCAUCGGGAAGCUGAAUCGAAGAAGCAGGAGCGCCGUAAGAAGCUCACUGAGCUGCGAAGCCAUUUCAAAGCCAUUCUGGGGCAAAACCAGAGUCUGCCAGAGCACAUGCGCCUGCAGCCCUCGGAGCUGGAGUUGGAUUGCUGUUUCCGUGAGGAAGUAGAGAAAUUGACGGCUGAAAGCGUGAGAGAGGUGAGGAGAGAAUUAGCCUGGGAGACGGAGAGACACCGUAUUCGCCUGCAGAAGCUCCAGGAGAGGUUUUUGGGCUCAGCGGCAUGUGACACAGUGACAGUGUCUGCGAUCAGGAGUGACCAUAAGGUUUCCACCUACAGCUUGGUAACUCUGCCCAACAAACUCCACCAGCUGAAGGAACAGGAAAGAGUUCCACAAGAUUCCGGUUCUGUUACUCCGGAGCAGUGCAGAACUAAAGAAGAGAAAGAAACUCAGGAUGAUGUUAAAACAACAGAGGAGGAUUCAUCAGCCGCAGCAGGGUUACGAGUGCAAGUGCCGCAGAGAGCUGUUGGCAAGCUGGCAGCCAGACAGGCGGAGAAACUGCGUAAGGCGACUGAGAAAGCGCAGAAGGUCCGCGCCAAGUUAGAGCAGAAGAAGAGGGAGUGGGACAAACUCUAUGCUACCAAACCGAGCGACAACUAUGAGGAUCCAGAAGACAUCCGUGCAAUCCAGUUGGCCAAGGAGAACUUGGGUGACUUCAAAUUGAAGACAGAAAAGGGCUUUAUAGUUCCACAGCAUCUGAGGAUGAACGUUGAGAAGAAGGCAGCACAACUGGUUGCACUUAAGGAGCAGAUCUACCAGAGGAAAAGCCAGAUGAACGUGCGUGUGCUGGCCCUGCGGGACUUAAAGGUGGCUCUUAUCUCCCAGUUUCACUCCUACAUGCACCAGCUUCUGGCUGUUCAGAAGCUCCUCCCCCCAGAGAAGCACCGCCCACCACCCACCACACCCACUCUGACACCUGAGGAGACACCUGAGAGGGAGCUGCAGUACAGCCACACCACGCUGGAACGCUACGCUGCUGCACGAGCCCAAGUGAGUCACAGCAGCUGUGAUGGCAAACACGAGGACCCUCCGGAUGUGUUGGAGAUGAUGCAGCAGGACAGUAACAAGGACUCCCAUACAGAGGAGGAAUACACACCUGCAAAGGAGCUGCACACACUCUCAAAAGAGAACCUGAGCGAGCUGGAGAUAAUGGAGGUGGAGGAGAUUCGCAACCUUUACCUGCAAGACAAACUGAUAAAACAGAUGGAGAAGGCCGUGUGUGCGUUUGAUGCCAAGGUUCGUCUUCUGCGUUAUGAGAAAAGCGAACUGGACGUGCAGAUGAAACUGGCUGAUCUCCGACGUGUCACACUGUUCCAGGAGCUCCUGAUGCUUAAAGAGUUCGAGAAGAGAGAGAUUACCCUGCAGGAGAGACGAAAUUCCUGCCUGCAGGAGGAGAGAGAGCUCAGGUCAAAGGUGGAGGAGUGUAAACAUCAGUUGGAGGUGAAGAAUAGAGACAUAGCAAAGCUGCGUGAGAGCGAGAAAAUGCUAGCCUCCACAUUCAAGGCUUCAGUUGAAGAAAACACGUUCGCAGAUUUCCUCACGAAAGUCUUCAAGAAGAAGAUCAAACGAGUGAAGAAGAAAGAGAAGCUUGAAAGUGAUGAUGAAGAAGAGGAGAGUGAGGAAGACUCCGAUGAAGACUCAGACUGGGACAGCGGUGAAGAUGAUGAAGGGUUGGAUGGAGCUGCUCGCUUUGACUAUAACGUCUGUCCUCCAAACUGCAACCCAGAGCUUUUUGAGAACACUUUAAGAUUGCGGGAGCAUCGUCUGGAUUUGGAGGAGCAAUUGCAUGCGGAGAAGAUAAUAGCAGACAGCCUGAAGAAGGACUACGACUCACUCACCAAGAAAGUGAAGAUAGUGCAGAGCAACCUGAAAGCAGUAGACGGCGACCUGGAGCUAUUAAACCAAGAGAAGCAGCAGAAAGUCAAUGAACUGGAUGCGGUCGUCCCACUGAGACUACACCAGAUUGAGUAUAUGAAUAACGGAGUGAUGCCCUCUGACCUGAGCGAGGCGCUGGUGAUAAACGCGACGUCUGUGAGCCAACUACAUAAACGCAUUCAGGAGCUGGAACAGGAGAAGAUCGCUCAGAAGCAGUUAUACAGACAAGCACGCAAACAACACGUCCAGCUCCGAGCCGACCUCAGAGACAUGGAGGCCAAGAGUCAGGAGUUAAAGGCACACUGCGAGCAGCUGAUGUUGAAGAGAUUCGGGAAGAUGGUGGAUCUGGAGGCUCUGCAGACUCUGAGCGGCAGCCGGAAGCUGGAGGAGAUGAAAUAUGAGAAGCAAGUGCAGGAGGCUCAGCACAGGCAGGAGCUCAGGAUGUGGGAGGAGAAAGUGAUUGCUGCCAGGCAGAAACUGACCAACGUGACCAGAGAGAACACAGAGCGUCUGCGCAAACUCAACAGCCUGCUGAUCGAGAAGAAGCUGGUGGAGGACAAACUCAAUGCCAGGCAGAAGAUUGUGAGUCAUCAGUUCCAGGUCUCCCAGCAGACUUAUGAAAAGGACAUCCAAAGUCUACAGCUGCACGUCCAGAACCAGGCAGAGAAAAUUAAAUGGCUGAAACAGGAGAUCAGCACCUUGUCUCGCAAAGGUGGCCAUGUCUUACCCCCCAGUGAGCCAAAUUUACCCUCCAUCCAUAGAAACUCAUCCCUUCAACAUAGGCGUGCUUUACCUUAGACACAUUUGGCCCCUUGAUUGUCUGUCUGAGAAUACUACAGUAUAUUUAUGAGUCCUAAACACUAUGAGUCACAUAUUUAUCCUGAGACAAACCUAAGAUCAAUAAAGUAUCCAUGAAACAAAUAUAAAAUCCCUGGCCAAAAACUGCUUCGUGUUCAUCCAUAACGGCAGUUUGUUAGAUAAUGUGAUGAAGUGAACAGGUUUCAGGGAUGGCUGGUGAUAUUCAACCUAAUAGCUAUAAACGGUUCAACAAGGAAGCUUUUAACUUAAAAUGGAGCCGCACUGGAUAUUAACCUCUUGUCCAACACCACCACCUGAUGGACAAAAAGAAUCAACUCAGUGCGGACUUUGAAAGUGAACAACUACCUAAUACAGUGUCUUGCAGAAGUAUUCAUCCCCCUUGGUGUUUGUUCUGUUUUGUCGCAUUACAAACUGGAAUUAAAAUGGAUUUUUGUAGGGU